AUGGCCCUGCAUCUGCAGCCACAUACAACCACUCUUUGCACUACAAAGUCAAAGUCAAAGUAUCAUCAUGGCAACAAUGGUAGCCUUGUUAGAAAUGAAACAAAACUCUUCAACCCUUUUGCCUUGAACUCAUCAUCAUUCUCUGGUUCACUCACCCUCUUGCUUAAUCCUAAACAAAUGCACAAUCUUACUUCGACCACUCCGAGGAUCUCCAUGCGUGUCGCUUCCAAGCCAGCCUAUAUCUGUCGUGAUUGCGGCUAUAUUUACAAUGAGAGAACCCCAUUUGAGAAAUUGCCUGAUAAAUAUUUCUGCCCUGUUUGUGGUGCUCCAAAAAGAAGGUUUAGACCAUAUGCACCAGCUGUCACAAAAAAUGCAAAUGACACUGAUGUUAGAAAGGCAAGGAAAGAUGAAAUCAAAAGAGAAGAAGCAUUUGAGAAAGCAGUUCCUAUUGCAGUUGUUGUGGGAAUUGUAGUGCUUGCUGCUGGAUUCUACUUCUAUCUCAAUAGCAGCAAUGUUUAGGAUAUCAGACAAGUGCUUCUAAUUUAUUCAUCUUCUUUUUGUUUAUUCUGUUCACCUUUCACUAAUUCCAUUUUGUUCAUUCUGUUCAGUUUGAUAUAUCUAGAACUCAGUAUGUUAGGUUCUUUUUGCUUUCUAAGACUGAGCAAAGAGCUUCCAUAGAUAUUGUAUUAUUACCUUGGGACACAAGAUUUCUUCUGAUAUCAUAGUGUAUACCAGUGAUAAGAAACAUUGAAACAAUAGAUAUUUUCUACAA